GAGAGAGAGAAGGAAGGGGAGAGAGAGGGAGAGGGAGAGAGAAGAAGAGAGGGAGAGAGAGAGAGAGAAGAAGAAGAGAGGGAGAGAGAGAGAGAGAGACACAGAGGAGAGGGAGAGAGAGAAGAAGAGAGAGAGAGAGAAGAAGAAGAGAGAGAGAAAGAAGAAGAGAGAGAAGAAGAAGAGAGGGAGAGAGAAGAAGAAGAGAGGGAGAGAGAAGAAUAGAGGGAGAGAGAGAAGAAGAAGAGAGAGAGAGGAGAAGAGAGCAAGAGAGAGAGAAGAAGAAGAAGAGAGAGAAGAAGAAGAAGAGAGAGAGAAGAAGAAGAGAGAGAGAAGAAGAAGAGAGAGAGAAGAAGAAGAGAGAGAGAAGAAGAAGAGAGAGAGAAGAAGAAGAGAGAGAGAAGAAGAAGAGAGGGAGAGAGAGAAGAAGAAGAGAGGGAGAGAGAAGAGAGAGAGAGAAGAGAGAGAGAGAGAGAGAGAGAGGGAGAGAGAGAAGAAGAGAGGGAGAGAGAAGAAGAGAGGGAGAGAGAAGAAGAGAGGGAGGGAGAGAGAAGAAGAGAGAGAGGAGAAGAGAGAAGGAGAGAGAGAAGAAGAGAGAGAGAAGAAGAAGAGAGGGAGAGAGAAGAGAGGAGAAGAGAGAAGGAAGAAAGAAGAAGAGAGGGAGAGAGAAGGAAGGGAGGAGAGCAAAGAAUGAAGGGAGAGAGAGAGAGAGAGAGAGAGAGAAGAGAAGAAGAGAGGGAGAGAGAAGAGAGAGAGAGAGAGAGAGAAGAAGAGAGGGAGAGAGAGAGAGAGAAGAAGAGAGAGAGCGAAGAAGAGAGAGAAGAAGAAGAGAGAGAGAGAAGAGAGAGAGAAGAAGAGAGGGAGAGAGAAGAAGAAGAGAGGGAGAGAGAGAAGAAGAAGAAGAGAGGGAGAGAGAGAGAAGGAGAGAGAGAAGAAGAGAGAGAGAGAGGGGAGAAGAGAGAGAAGAAGAGAGGGAGAGAGAAGAGAGAGAGAGAGGAGAGAGAGAGAAGAAGAGAGAGAGAGAAGAAGAGGGAGAGAGAAGAGAGAGAGGAGAAGAGAGAGAGGGAGAGAGAAGAAGAUAGGGAGAGAGAAGAGAGAGAGAGAGGAGAAGAGAGGGAGAGAGAAGAAGAGAGGGAGAGAGAAGAAGAGAGAGAGGAGAAGAGAGAGAAGGAGAGAGAGAAGAAGAGAGAGAGAAGAAGAGAGAGAGAGGAGAAGAGAGAAGAGGAAGAGAGAGGAAGAGAGAAGAGAGAGAGAGAAGAAGAGAGGGAGAGAGAGAGAAGAAGAGAGAGAGAGAGAGAAGAAGAAAGGGAGAGAGAAGAAGAAAGGGAGAGAGAAGAAAGGGAGAGAGAAGAAGAGAGGGAGAGAGAAGAGAGAGAGAGGAGAAGAGAGAGAAGAAGAGAG